GUUUCCGCAAGAGCGUGUGAACCGGGUGAACGGCAGUGACGAUUGACGCCACAGCAGACGCCGCACAAGAAACACAACAAUGGCGGAGCAGGCGAACUUCUCCUCGGGGAAGGGUUCAGAAUCUAAGCCAGAAUCAAACAAGUCUUCUGCAGGCGAUCACGUUCCCGAUCCGAAAAACAUCCAAGAUCUGACUCAAUACGUGCAGACACUACUGCAACAGAUGCAAGACAAGUUCCAAGUGAUGUCAGAUCAAAUAUUGUCAAGGAUUGAUGAAAUGGGCCAUCGGAUUGAUGACCUGGAAAGGAAUAUCACAGAGCUAAUGUCACAAGCGGGAGUUGAUGAAGCUGACAAGUGAUUUCCCUGUUGAUGCCUAUCCAAGCCUGUACAACAAAGUACCUGUAUUCUGUAUAGAAAUUUCCCAUUUUUUUUGCUCUUAUAUAACUGCCAGAAUGUUUCCUCAGUGAUUGUUGUAACCAUGUAAUGUGCAGUGUGCAUGUUUUACAUUAAAAUUCAUUGUUUGUGUGGCUCCA